AUUGGCGAGUCGAGCUUCUACAUAGCAUAUCGCCAUUGAGCAGCCUGCGACAGAGUCUGCUUGUGCGCGGUCGGACGGACGACGCAAGCGGCUGCCAUGACGGACCAGCACGAUCACAGAGGUCUUGGGGACGUCGGCCCAUCUGACAAGACGUUGGAGCUGUGCAGCAACGGUCCAGUCUUGUCAGACUAUCUGCGCAAGCAUCCCAAGAGCUCUCCUGGCAAAGCUGCCCGACGGUUGUACAAGCGACCUUUCGUCGCCAAGCGUAUGGUCUCGCGCUUCGUCAUCAAGCACGACCUGUACAAAGGCAGAGGCGAGCCAUCUAAGGCCCACCUCGACAAGCUUGCUUCAGCUGGUCACUGGUCAACACGCCCCAGCGACCUGUUCUUGAAGAUCUGGGGCGAUGUCCUCUUGUGCCUCGACAGAGAUCCUCUCGCGGGAGUGACCUCGCCUAAAUUGAUGGGCCUCGACGGCGUGCUUCCCUUGACUAUCCUGAGCGUGAUACCUGACAUCAUGCGACACUAUGCCAACUGCAUCCUGAUGGCCGAAGAAGAAGUGCUCGUUGCCACCAAUUUCUUGCAGCCUUCCAACAGCACGACACUAGUCGCUGACGCCCUACGCGAGCUGUCCAAACGGGUCGGAGAGCGCAAAGGCAAAAAGGUCGCUUUCAAGAUGAUAUACGACAGAGGCACGUACAAGCAGGCAUGGGAAAAUCACUCGCCUGCCACACCGCAGGACUGGAUGGCCUUGACGCUGCCGGACCCCAAGGAGGUCCCGAACGUGUCAAUGCAGAUCGUCAACUUUCAUCGACCGUUUGUAGGCACUUUUCAUGCCAAGUUUGCCAUUAUCGAUCGCAAAGUCGCCCUCAUCUCGUCCAACAAUAUUCAAGACCGACCCAACCUCGAGCUCAUGCACCAUCUCGAAGGCCCGAUCGUGCAAGCAUUCUAUGACACCUUCUUGAUAAGCUUUAACAACCAGCUCCAACCCGCCCUCCCGAUGAUUGCCAAAGGGCCCCCACCGCCGGUGGACCAUUACAAAUUCAGAGAUGAGAAUCCCUAUCUGUCAUCUAUUGAUCUUGCCAAAGCAUCCAAAGCUGCACGCGCCAUGCUGCGCAAGGAAGCAGAUCAGGAGCGCUCGCGAGCCCCAAAACAGUCCCCAAAUGGCUUCGCAGACGUCGUCAUGCGUGCUCUGCAGAACAAGGACGGGGGUACGCCUGGCUCUAAAGCGAGCAGCCCGACAAAAGCUUCGCCUGCAGACGUGCAGCAGAUGUUCGGGGGAACCAACAAGACGAAAUCUCCGUCGGAUGCCAAUGGCGGCAAUCCAGCUCUACGGCGCGCAAUGGAUAAAAUCAAGAAUGACAGCCAAGCAGGCGCCAUACCAGAGGAUGAGCAGACACCAAGCCAAAGCAACGCUGGUGCCGCGCUCGAUCGGCCGAACACCUCUGCGGCCCACCCGGACGCUACCCCGCAAGCUGACAGGACUACAGAGCCUGCGUCGGAAGACAAUGCUAAGGAUACCACUGGAUCUACCCCUAUUCACCGCGCCAAGACGCCAGCAGGACCUAUGCCAGGAGUCGCGAUGGGAGAUCUACCCAACGCUCACGAUCCUGUGCACGGUAUCAAUGGGAGCGCUUCUCCAGGAGGCAAAUCGGCAGCAGCGGCUACAGCUGCCAGCACACGCUUACGAUCCUUGUCACAUACACUCAACGCCGGCGCGCAAUCAGAAGCGCACGCAACGAUUGCAGACGCUGCUAUCGAGAGCGAGUUCAAUCCGCACUAUUUGCACCAUCCUCACGCGCCCGUGCCGAUGGCAAUGUGCUCCCGCAAGCCCCAUGGCGCACCGGGGCAUCAAGACAUUCGCGUUCCUCAAUGCGCUGCAUGGCUAGCAGCGUGUCGGUACGCAAAAGAGAACAUCUUCAUCCAGACACCGACAUUCAAUGCUCGGCCGAUCGUGAAUGCCUGCGUCGAAGCUGCCGUGCGAGGUGUGACGGUAACCCUUUUCAUCUCUAUCGGCUUCAACGACAAGUCAGAAUCGCUGCCAUUUCAGGGGGGCACGAACGAAGAGGUAGUCUUCAAGAUGUACGAUCGCCUACGGAAAGUGAAGAAGCAACAGUUCCUCAAGGUCUACUGGUACAUCGGUAAGGAUCAGACAGAGCCGCUGCCGUUUGUCAUCAAGCAACGCAACUGUCACGUCAAGUUCAUGUCUGUCGACUCGCGCGUGAUCAUCACCGGGUCGGGUAACAUGGACUCGCAAAGCUGGUUCCACAGCCAGGAGAUCAAUGUCCUCAUCGAUUCGCGAGAACUGUGCGCGGAUAUGGCGAGAGCGUUCAUGACGCAACAGAACACUCAUCUCAUGGGUCUCUGUGACGACACCGGUACCUGGCGAAGAGCAGACGGUAAGACCAUCCGGCAGAUCCACGACGAAGAUGCUGCCGAAAGGAAACGAGCAGCCAAGGCUGCGCCGAAGAAGAAUGACAGCGCCAAUGGCAAGGCGAAUGGUCAAGCGGAUGGGCAGGCAGACGGUAAGGCCGAGCCGAACGGGACAGCGCCAGGCAAGUGAACAGUGAUCAGCUUGUUUCUUCGUACCACACACACGCUUGUAAAGUCUUCUAUGCAUUGCUUAUUGUCAAACGCG